CCAUUUCCAGUGGUUUUAUUUUGGUACUGAGUUCAUGACUGGUUUUGUUGUGUUAUUUUUAGGCAUUUUGUGAUCGGCGAAUUAGCAGAGCAAAAUAAAGAUUCUUUUGGUAUUGAAUGUGUGAAAAUUCGGGUAGGUCUUUAUGACCAUUUCUAUUAAAUUGUAAAAAACUAAAUUGUGCCAAACGUUUAACUAUAUGUGAAGAGCUGUCCGAACCAGUUUCGCUAUUACAUUUCAGAAAAUAAAUAUAAGCUAGGAAUAAGAUGAAUUUGCUAUUGGUAUUUCUGCUAAUAUUGGCUGUACGACUUGCAUCGGUGUUUAUAGUCCAAACGUUCUAUGUGCCGGAUGAAUAUUGGCAAAGCUUGGAGGUGGCCCAUAAAUUAACUUUUGGAUAUGGAUAUCUAACGUGGGAAUGGGUGCAGGGAAUACGCAGCUAUGUGUACCCAUUAUUGAUAGCAGGUGUUUAUAAAUUAUUAGCCUUACUAAAUUUAGAUACGGUACAGUUAUUGAUAAUUGUACCGCGCAUACUGCAGGCCACAUUGUCGGCGUAUUCAGACUAUAGAUUCUUUGUGUGGUCUGGUAAAAAGAAGUGGGCGUUGUUUUUAGUUCUUGUGCCGUGGUUUUGGUUCUAUAUCGGUUCACGAACUUUAUCAAAUACCCUAGAAACAUCACUGACCAUGAUAGCUUUGAGUUACUUUCCUUGGAGUGGGGAAAAUACCACAUAUUUAUGGUUUGCGGCAAUUUGUUGCUUCUUAAGGCCUACUUCAGCCAUUAUUUGGAUACCAUUAUGCAUUUAUCAUUUGCGUAAAAGUCGUUUGUCAGCAAGUGAACUCAUCUUCAAACAUUUUUUGGUUAUUGGAUUGUUGGUUGGUGCAGUUUGUGUGGCAAUAGAUACUUACUGGCAUGGUAGGAUUAUCAUUACACCGUAUGAAUUCUUCAAAUAUAACAUUCUUCACAAUAUUGGCAGUUUUUAUGGUUCACAUCCAUGGUAUUGGUACUUCACUGUUGGCUUACCAACUGUUUUGGGCAUCAAUACAAUACCAUUUAUUUUCGGAGUCAUUGAUACCGUACGUCAUAAGAGGAAUUAUCCUGUACGUAAACAGCUAUUUAUUAUCAUUUUGCUGUCGUUAGUUGUAUUAAGUACCAUCGAGCAUAAAGAGUUCCGUUUUGUUGCGUCCUUAUUGCCUCUAUGUCUUUACAUAAUUGCUGAUACAUUAACGCGUUGGAGUUAUAAUGCGUCCAGGAGCGUUCUUUGGUUUGCUGCGUUGGUUAUAGUUGUUGGCAAUGCGCUCCCAGCAUGGUACUUAAGUAUUGUACACCAGAAAGGACCCAUAGAUGUUAUGACACAUGUCCAGAAAAUUGCCCGUGAUUACAGAGAUGAAAAUGAACAUCGUGCCAGUAUACUCUUUCUAAUGCCUUGCCAUUCUACACCAUAUUAUAGCCACGUCCAUGAAAACAUUACCAUGCGGUUUCUAACUUGUGAGCCUAAUAUACAAAAUACAGCCAAUUACGUCGAUGAGGCCGACCAAUUUUAUAGAUCACCAGUCCAUUGGCUCCACUCACAUAUACCCUCGUAUCCGCGUACUGCUAUGCCUUCACAUAUUGUGCUCUUUGAACCUCUAGCACCGGUCAUAAAUGAAUUUCUAAUUAACUACAAAAUUUUACAUCGUGUCUUUAACGCUGAGGUGAACGAGAAUAUUCAGCCGCAACAUUUACUCGAUGAAUGGUCAAGCGUACUGAAAGAGGAAGAUGUAAACAUUGAAUCAUUACUUAAAAAUGUACGCAAUCGCAUAGGUAAGAAUAUAUUGGUGUAUCAACGCCUUCUCGCGGGAGAAGAAAACACCUUCAAUAGAGAUGACUUCAAGGUACCGCAAAAAUCUCAAGUAAAAGACGAUACACCUGUUAACAUUGAUGAAGAAUUGAAGCAGCAACACAAUAUGUUUAAUUAAAAAGCUGACACUAUGAAAACAUUUUAAAAAGUGCAACAUGGAAGUACACAAUCGUGGGUGCUUCAUUGUUCGGUACACUUAGUGCCAACAUAAAUUUUUGCAUAUCGAUGCAAUAUAACAGUAAAUUUUAAUGAUGAUAUUAAUUUUGUUUCUAAAAGAAACAUUUAUAUAUCAGUUAAGUAGUGCAAAAAGCAGAUUUGCUCAAAUGUUUAUAUACAGACGUAUAUAUAUAUGUAAGUUUUAUUUUGUGUUUAUUUAUUUCUUUGAAUAUAUUACCAACACCUUAAAAAAAACGAAAACAUGCAGAUGCUAUAAAUGUUUACAAAUCUUGUCAAUAAUGUGUACAUGAGUACGUCUAUACAAUAAUAAGUUUAAACCACCGGUGUACAAAUGUAUGUACAUUUUUGCAUGUCCAGAACUGUCAUAAGUCUUUUAUAAUAAAAAAAUAGAUUAAUCUAGGAGUUAUUCAUAAAACUGGGAAUUAAGUUAUGAAAAUUUUACAAUCAAAUAGAGAUUCUAGGAAUUAAUACAUUUUUAAAUAAAGUU